AUGUCUGAAAAUAAUAAAGCACAACUUACUGGUGUUACGACAAUUAUCGUUCUUGGUGCUUCUGGAGACCUUGCCAAAAAAAAAACGUAUCCUGCAUUAUUUGGUCUUUAUCGAAAUGAUUUUUUACCUGAAGGAACUCGAAUCAUUGGAUAUUCCAGGUCAAAGCUUAGUAAUGAAAGUUUUUAUGAACGUAUUUCUGGAUAUAUGAAAACUCCCACUGAAGAGAUCAAAGUACAACUAUCAAAAUUCUUAAAGCUGUGCACCUAUGUAUCUGGACAAUAUGAUGUUGAAGAAGAUUAUCAAAAAUUGAAUAAAGUCGUUGAAGAUAUCGAAAAUUCUAGUAAUUCAAAAGAAAAAAAUCGGGUUUUUUAUAUGGCAUUGCCUCCUAGUGUUUUCGUGCCUGUGGCAAAAGGUCUUAAAAAGAAUGUUUAUUCUAAAAACGGAGUAAAUCGUUUGAUUGUUGAGAAACCCUUCGGUAUGGAUUUGGAUAGUUCUCGUGAAUUAGGAAGAGCGUUAGCCCCAUUAUGGAAGGAGGAAGAGACAUAUCGAAUUGAUCAUUACCUUGGAAAAGAAAUGGUCAAAAAUUUAUUGAUAAUUCGUUUUUCCAACAUCAUUUUUAGCGCUAUAUGGAAUCGCCAAAGUAUUUCCAAUGUACAAAUUACGUUUAAGGAAAAAAUUGGAACCGAAGGUCGUGGGGGAUACUUUGACGAAUUUGGUAUUAUUCGUGAUGUUAUGCAAAAUCACAUUUUACAAAUUUUGAGUAUUGUCGCUAUGGAAAGACCCGUGUCACUAAGUUCAGAAGACGUCCGCGAUGAGAAAGUUCGCGUUUUACGUUGUAUUCCUCCUGUGAAAUUGCAAGACGUUCUUCUUGGACAAUACACCAAGUCUGAAGAUGGUACAAAUCCUGGAUAUUUGGAUGAUAAUACUGUGCCUCCUGGAAGUAAUUGCCCUACUUUCGCAGCGGCAACCUUGUUUAUAAAUAAUGAUCGAUGGGAGGGAGUUCCAUUUAUUCUCAAAUGUGGCAAAGCUCUUAAUGAACCGAAAACUGAAAUUCGAAUACAAUUUCAAGACGUUCCUGGCAAUGUAUUCAAAAAUUCAUCUCGUAACGAAUUGGUUAUUCGUGUACAGCCCAAUGAAGCUGUAUAUAUGAAAAUGACUAACAAAUUACCAGGCCUUUCUAUGGACACAGUUAUUUCUGAAUUAGAUCUUACUUAUCAUCGACGUUUUUCUGAUUUUGUAAUUCCUGAUGCAUAUGAAUCCUUGAUUCUUGAUGUUUUGAAAGGUGAUCACUCAAACUUUGUGAGAGAUGAUGAAUUAGACGCUGCCUGGAAGAUUUUUACCCCAAUCUUGCAUCAGAUUAAAGAAGAAAAAAUAAAACCCCUACCUUAUGCAUUCGGAUCACGUGGACCUUCGGGAAUUGAUGAAUUCGUCUCCAAAUAUGGUUUCAAGAGAUCCACACAAGAAUAUAACUGGCCUUCACGUCAGUAA